CCCUGGACGGCAGCGGUACUGCAGGCGGUACUGCGGUUGCCAUGGUACAGCGUCAGCGGCAGGACUGGAGCAAACCUCAAGGCGUGGACAGAAAAAAAACAACCAUCUGAACGCCCCUGGCGGCCAGGACUUCCUCUGAAUUGUGCUUUCACCGUGAAUAAUUACAGGACGGCACAUUUUGAAACGAUGCGCUUUGCCCCCCCAAAAAAGACCGAAGACUUCUGAAUAACGGAGCUAAGUUGGCUAAAGUUCAUGCUAGCCUGCUGCUAGCAGUCGAAGCUAUGUGGCUAACAUUAGCCUGACGGAGUCUAGCGCCAAACAAGACGCCGUUAAAUGUUAUAAAGUUGGAAAUAUAAGACAAAGACAAAGCCAGCAAGAGUUAAAAAAAGGAGUAAACGAGGAAGACGGGACAGGGAGCUUGUGACCUGAUUGCAUAGGUUUUUCUUCAGAAAUGUGGAGCCUCCGGAUACAUAAGCACGAUGAAGCAGAAGAUGUGAUGACAACAGAGGUGAUGUAACCGAUGUGUGACAACAUGGAAUCUGAAAAGAUAACUGACCUAUAUGAAGACAAUCGGGAUGCCGAUAGCAGCCGCCAGUCACUCGGGAGUACAAGGAAAGAUUCAUCUUUCCAAAAACACAAAAAGAACUUCAGGGACAAUAUCCAGGAUAAGGAAGAAAAAGAGAGCUGUGACGACAGCAGAUCGAAAACCCGAACGUGGCGUUCAGAUCCAGAUCGGGACCUGAUAUCAGAUGGAGAGGGACGGAGAAGUAGUAGGUCAUUUUAUUCUGAGGAUUAUGAGAAUGGGUCUCCUUCAGAGCGCUCGCUCUCAUCGUACUCCCAGUCCCGGACUCCAUCCCCUACCCCUCAAAGAGUGGUGCGGGCAAAGAAGAAUUCUAGCAGCCCCCUCUACAAGACAGCUGCUGUGGGGCGCAGGGGUUUGUCUCGCCCACAGCGUCCAGCCGGCUACCCCCUGAUCCAGCAGCCUCGCAGGGGGGUGCGAUCACAAAGCAAGGAGUCCACACCCCCUAAAGAACUGGACCUGGUCACCAAGAGGAUGCUGUCAGCCCGCCUGCUAAAAAUCAAUGAAUUGCGUAACGCACUUGCUGAGCUGCAACAGCGCACUGAUGAGCUGCAGAAGGAGAACCGAAUUCUCAGACAGCUUCAGGUGCGUCAAGAGAAAGCUCUCCACCGCUACGAUGACACAGAAAGCGAGAUUUCCCAGCUACUGUCCCGCCACACCAACGAGACCAAAGUGCUGCGUGAGCGGCUCAGGCGUACCCAAGAGCGGGAACGGGCAGCCGAGCGGCGGUUGAAGGACAGUGAGGAGCAGCUGCGAAGGAGUCAGUCGACCAUCGCACGGCUAAAGAAGCUGGUCAACAAGAGAGAGUUAGGAGCUAGGGACGAGCUAAGCCGCAGGCUAGAGGAAGAGAAGGUACAGGCCCAAGAAGCAGAACGAAAGAUUAAGGAGCUGGAGCGCAGCAUGGAGCUGAGCAAUGGCAGUUACCAGAGGCAGCUGGCUGCAGAGAGGAAGAAGACCAUCAGUGCACAGGAGGAGAUCAGGACUCUGCAGGAGGAGCUGGAGCGACUGACCAAUAAACUCAAGGAGAAGGAGAGAGAACUAGAUGCCAAGAACAUCUAUGCCAACCGCAUGAUGAAACCCUCACAAAGAAAAGACACAGACAGUGGCACAAAGCGGAAAGUCCCGAGCAGGAGCAGCAGCAAGGCAGUGCCAACUAAAGACGGGAUGUCUAGUCUGGAUUUCCCCACGCCUCCCCCUGCCAUCAGUGAUGCCAACGAGUAUAGUGAACAGGCACCUGAUGAAUACCUGUCACUCAAGGAGCUCGACAGAGUGGAGGGACAGGCAGUGACUGAAGAUAGCCAGCUAAAGAUGAGAGACAAAGAACAAGAAAGGGACAAGGAGAAGGAGGUGGUGAAGGAGAAAGAGGAGAAACAGCAUCUCAACCAGGAGCUAAAUGUCCUUGAGGAGAAGGCAAAAGGACUAAGAGAUGGUUGGGAGAAAGAUAAAGAGGAAGAAGAGAGAAAAAGGACGAGUUCCCCGUUAAACCAGGAGGAAGAGAGCAACAGGAAAUCCAGCCAUGUCCGGGAAGAGGUGAAGAGAUGGAACCAGGAUGCUCUGGCCAAUCAGCAAGCAGCAGAGGAAGCACGUCGCAAAAAAGAACAGCUGCUGGCAAAGAUGCGCGAAAUAGACAAUCAGAACCAGGGAGUCCACGACACCACGUCUGCUGAAUCUAAUCCUUCUGAGUCCAGUAAGAGAACCAGUAACCACUCUUCUCCUCGUCCUCCUGAGCAGAGGAACCACAGCUCCUCGAUUUUCAACCUCACAGAAUCGGAGGAGUCGGGAGGUUUGCGAGCCGGUGCCGGGAGCAGGGAAGGUGGAAGGAGGAGAGCAGGUAUUGAGGGUGGAGCUGUUACAACAGGUGUAGGAAGGAGAGCACUACGGCCCCAAAUCUCCAGUGACAACUUGGCAUUCGGAAGCUACGCGCCUUCCUUUGGAAUGUCAGCUUCCCGAAGUUCUUCAGGCUUCCCUCCACCUCCACCCAUGGAGGACAGGGACUCCGCAUUAGAAGCAAUAGGUGUUUUUAGUCUCAGGGGGGUGGAGACAGAGAAAGAGAAGCAGGCAGAAGGAGGAGUGGGGAAGGAAAGCAAGUCUAUCCUCAUGCAGCAGCUGUUCGGCGCCCUGGCAACACCUGCAGGUGACGGUGUGAGCACCUCCAAUAAAAUGGAGGUCCUCAACAGUCCUCCACCUAUCAAUGGAGUACGGUCAAGAAGGCAGGGACUGCUCAGCUUCAGCUCAGAGUCUUCCACUCCUCCAGCAUCUUCCCUGAACACUGUACAUGUCGCAGAUAGCAGACCUGCCAUACGUGCCAUCCCAUCAUUUGAUGAUGACAUAGAGGAACUUACUUUAUGAAAUUAUUGUGAUCUGAGGUCGUUAGUCUCACAGGAGGUGAGAUAAAUCCCAAAAUAUAACAUCAAGUGAUGAACAUUGUCAAUAAUUCAAGUUGGAACACUAUUCAUUUCAAUAAAUCGUUAUCAACAGAAGCAAAGAAAGGAUUUGCUAAACACUACAUGACUACAUAAAUGAUAGAUCAUUUAAGUUGUGUUCAUGUCUUUAAGGUUUCAUCCUGUAGAUAAGUUCAUGUGCAUCAAGCAUUCAAGUGUGUGUGUGUGUGUAGGAGAUCAGGGUGACAGUUAGUUGUCACAGUGUAGCUGAAAGUGGUAAUAUAGGAUUUUUGUCCCUUUAUUCUGUUUUAAAGUAAGUGUUGUUCAGACUGGCUUUUUCCUGGCUGCACUUGUUAAACUUGAAAAGGUUCCUCGGGUUGCAUUCCAGUUUAUCUGAGCUAAAAGAGGCACAGCAGAGCCACAGCACACAGAAACCAGCCCUGAGAACUAUUUGUCAAAUAUUUUUAAUAUUAAUGUGGAGUUGCCGUUAUUGUUGGCUUUGUGAUCCUACAGUUCUUCGAGUAUCUAUAUUCAGACAAAGUUUGUUCCACAAAAAAUUGAGCAUAUUCAUUUUUGAGUUAUGCUAUAAGAGUGAAGCACUACACAAUACGACAAUCACAGUAUGUUUAGACGACUUGCUGAAUGUCUGAUGACUAUAUAUACAUUAACUUUCUGUGACCACUUAUCCUCAUCACAGUCACGCUAACAGCUGACUUUGGGCAACACCCUGAACAAGUCCCCACUCUCACAUAAUAAUAAUUUCGCAAUUUAGAAUCAAUGAUUAAGUGCAUGUCUUUGAAUUGUGUGAGAGAAGCCACACAAACACAGGGAGAGCAUACAAACUCACCACAGAAAGCCUGGAGCUGAGGUUCGAAUGAGGAACUUUUUUGCUGUGAGGCGACAGUGCUAACUAUAAAACUUUAUAAAAAUGGCAAUCAUCUGCAGGUUUAUAAGGUCACAGAAACAUGUUGAUACCCUGUAAUCACAUUAUGCUAAAUAAAUCAUAAGCUCACUGAAUGCAUAGCUUAUGUUGUAUUAUAACAAGUUGUUGACUCACCUGUCUUGGAGAUUUUGGGUGGAGCGUUACUGGAAACUUGUUCCUCCGAGACAGUAAGUUACAGUAUUUCCUGGUAUGUUCAUGUUUAUUUUCCCCUGCAGCGACAUGACUAAAGACAAUCAGCACUAAAACAAACACCAGAGUCUGUAAAAGCUACGACUUAUGUCGAAGUGAAGACAAAGUGAUGUGUUUUGGUCUUCUAGCCUUACAUACCAUGAUGAAAAUCACUAUAGAUCUCAUAAUGUGGCACAAAGCUGUUACUGAUCUGCACUAGGAAGCAGUAAACUUGAUGUGUAUAUAUAUUUUUUUCCAGAUAUGUGCAUUUUUAAAGAGCUCUUUGUAUUUAUUCAGGCAGAAUUUAUUAUAGUAACUUUAUAAGGGAAGAAAUGUGUAACCAAUGAAAAGUUUGUGGUUAACCAGUCUGUGUUCAUGUUUUGAAUUUUUCCACGUUUUGUACUUCUUGUCCAAGUCUGUGUCGUAUUUUGUUGAA